UUUUUUUCUUCGCAUCUGUCUACCAGAAAUAGACAUAGCUAGUCAGAAGCAGACAGAAAAAAAAAUAGAGAACACGCAGACAGAGUCGGACAGUUAUCAUACUGUGUUGAGCUCUCGUGGUUAUUGGUAUUUCUCACUCAUCAGACAGAUCAAACAGUAGUGUCCUCGCUAUUUUCCCUGGUCUCUUACGAGUCUCGACUUUCUCGCCAUUCUUUCGCCUCUCGCCCCUCCGUGCAAACAAAGAGUCCGUUCGUGACCCUUUUUUUUUCUUCUUCUCUCCCAAUGCCCUUCUCUUGUCAAUUACCAUCGACCCACGAUGGCUACUAUCGAGCCGCGACUCAUUCAUCUGCUGAACGAAUCAACUGCUACACCACGGCCUCACCAUGCUGAGCUUCCGCCCAUCAAAGCUCUUCCCUUACCUAAGCCUCCCGGCCGUUUCCAUCCCAUCGAACCCGAUGCUGGCCAAAGAUCCGAAGUGCCGGAAACGAACCUGGGUCAAUUAGCCUCGCAGUCUAUGCCGUCCCUGCAUUCGGUCGUAGAGGAGGUUCCCGCCAUGAACAUGACUUCGAGAACAGAUGUUAGUCAACCAUCGGAGCGAGCUUUACUAAGCCACAUAUCGUCCCAGGAUCUGCGCAUGAUACUAGAUGACACACCAGAUAAUACCGAAGAUCUUGGAAAGAAAAGGCGGCCUUUGAAAGAGGACUUCGUGCAGCUACCGCAGCCGCUCAAGAAACAGAAAGCGGCUACCCAACAGCAUAUGUUUCCCCCAAUCAUUGUAGGGUUACUCGAACCGCCAUCCGACGCCUCUCUUUUCCCGCCAAUAUCUUCUGGUUCUUUCGAUAACCGCCCGCAUUCCGAACCUCCGCAGGCUCUCAGCAUUACAAUGCCCCCCGAAACAUCGGAACCUGUUGAAGAGAAAGGAAACCCGAGUCCUCCACCCGAACCCGAGCGAACACCAACGGGGAAAGUUAAGCGGCGGGCAGCCAAGCCGCGACGAAAAUGGUCAGAAGAAGAGACGAAUCAUUUAUUACUCGGUGUGAGCAAGCAUGGUGUUGGAAGAUGGACAGAUAUCUUGGAAGAUCCCGAGUACAGAUUCAACGAUCGGACUGCGGGCGAUCUAAAAGAUAGGUUUCGGACUUGCUGCCCCGAAGAGCUCCGAGCAAGCCCGUCAGUUGGGGGCGACAUAUCUCGAGAAAAACGGCCUAGCCUAAAGGGCAAGGGGAAGCCGACGAAGGGUCUUAUGUCCGAAAAUAUACUGAACGAAACGGAAGAAGAGGUUGAAGCUGAGCAGACCCAAUCGGCCCAGAAUGAUUCUGACCCCACGCCCGCGAGGCAACGUAAAAGUAGGGCUCAUCGCAAGAAAAUGGAAGAUCUGGUGGAGUUGGGCAUCAAAGGACCGUUCAAAAAGUCACAUCGAAGAGAGCGACGUCCGUUUUCCGAGCAGGAUGAUAGAGAGAUAUUGGAAGGCUUUGAAUUAUACGGACCGCAGUGGACUAAGAUCCAAAGAGAUCCCAGAUUCAACCUGUCCAGUAGACAACCGACUGACUUACGAGAUCGGCUACGAAAUAAAUAUCCCGAGAAAUUUGCAGGUACGGAAAAGACGGCCAUGCAAGUUAGGGAACCUGGGCAGCCAGGACGAGGCAACAAUUUGUUGGAGCCUUCUGUUAAUAUGGCAAUCGAAAAUUCACUACAUGUUUCUAAGUCGGCUCUGCUUGAGCCCCAACUCAAUCGGAGCAACUCGAAAGAAGACAUGCCAAAGUGGCCACUCCCUUCUAGCCUUAUGGAAACUGGGGAAUCGUCCCAACAGCUACAUCCGAACCUUUACUGGAACGAGGGCCCUGGACCGGGCUUUGGGACCGGUAGCAUAGGAGAAAUGGACAUAUCACGGCUUCUCCUCGACGAUACGCAGGUUGCAAGCGAGCCGCCUUCGGAAAGACGUGGCCCAGGAUGAAAUCUGCGGGUCAGGUCAAAUGGGUCGUGAGAAGACAAACUAGUAAAACUCCUUUAAGAGGGGGUAAUCAAGAUAUUCUAAUGGCAAUAGGCUUAUACGGCUGAGGCUCAGAAUCUACCUUAGAGGCGGAGAGAGAUAGACUAUACUACAAGGUGG